AUGCGUUCCUUGUCUUCCCUUGCCAUUCUAUCUGCGUUUCGUCCACCCCCGCUGGGCACUGCUCGCCCCACUGGCAGCAGCUCUUUUGCUAAGGUUGAUGGUAGCAAGUUCAACAUCGACGGCGAGACCAAGUACUUCGCUGGAACGAACUCGUACUGGCUGCCAUUCCUGACCAACGAUGCGGAUGUUGACUCCGUCUUCAAAAACCUAAAGGAGUCCGGUCUCAAGGUUCUCCGAGUUUGGGGUUUCAACGAUGUGAACACCGUCCCGAAGGCUGGGACUGUCUACUUCCAGCUCCACGAUAAGGCUACCGGUACUACGACUAUCAACACCGGUGCUGAUGGUCUGAAGCGUCUUGAUUACGUUGUCUCCGCUGCUGAGAAGUACGGUAUCAAGCUUAUCAUCCCCUUUGUGAAUUUCUGGGAUGAUUAUGGUGGUAUGAGUACCUACGUUACUGCCUAUGGUGGCAGCAAGACCGAAUGGUAUACCAAUGCGAAGAUCCAAAGCGUGUACCAGGCGUACAUCAAGGCUGUUGUCUCUCGCUAUAAGACUUCCUCUGCCGUCUUUGCGUGGGAGUUGGCUAACGAGGCUCGCUGCUCGGGCUGCAACACCGACAUCAUUGCCAAAUGGGUAGCUAAGACUUCUGCCUACAUCAAGUCCCUCGAUUCUCGCCAUAUGGUUACUACCGGUGAAGAGGGCAUGGGCCUAACUGUCGGAUCGGAUGGCUCUUACCCUUACGGUAACACCGAAGGCAACGACUUCGCCAAGAACCUUGCGGCCCCUGAUAUUGACUUCGGAGUGUACCACCUCUACGUGGGCGACUGGGGUAUCAAGGAUAACGCCUGGGGCAAUGAGUGGAUCAAGGCCCAUGCCAAGAUCUGCGACACUGCUGGCAAGCCUUGCGUGUUCGAGGAGUAUGGUAUCAAGAAAGACCACUGCUCCGCCUCGCUGAAGUGGCAGAAGACCGCCCUGGCUACCAACGCUGGUGAUCUAUUCUGGCAGUAUGGCGAGAAGUUGUCAUCCGGUCCCUCUCCUGAUGACGACUACACCGUUUACUAUGGCACUGACGACUGGAAGUGCGCUGUCGCUGACCAUGUCAACCAGAUUUAA